ACUAUCGAUCAUUCAACAAUCAUUCAACAACCCUCAAGACGUCUGCCGUCCGUUAUCUUAUUCCGGAUAUUCCUUCCUUCUAACGUCCAUGUCGGCGCCCGCGUCAGGUCGCAGACGAUGCAAACAAUAGGACCUGGGGUAGGACGAAUCGUCCUACGACCACACGGUUCAGAAGCUGUCUUCUCUGAACUUUCAUAUGCAUACCCCCUCAAGCUGCUGUCACCCAAAGUUUCCCAACGGAAUACGGCAGUAGUAUACGUCCUCAGCUAUGGCGGGGGAUUAGUAGGAGGUGAUCAGAUCAAGCUCUCCGUUGAAGUGCAUGACGGUUCGUCUCUGGUGAUGUUAUCACAGGGGUCUACGAAGGUCUUCAAGACCAGACCGGGACAUCAGCUCGCGCAAGGGCAGAAUUUGGAGAUGAACGACCUAACCUGCCAACACUUCGACAUUGAGGUCUCUCCCGGAAGCUCUGUCUUUCUGCUCCCUGACCCCGUCACCUGUUUUCGUUCAGCAAAGUACAACCAAGUGCAAAAGUUCCGCCUAUCCGGAGACGCGUCUGCGGUACUUUUGGAUUGGAUCACGUCCGGCAGGAAGUCGCUUGGAGAAGAAUGGGUCUUCAACCGGUAUUACAGUCUCAAUGAGCUUUGGGUGGAUGGGAAACGAAUAGCUCGGGAUGCUAUGCUCUUAGAAGAGGAGAUCCCCAUUCAGUCGGUGCCUACACGCACUCUUGCAGACCGCCUGCAGCCUUAUUCGUGCUAUGCUACCGUACUCAUGUAUGGUCCUCUCACACAGGCGAUCAGUCGUACUCUGACCGCUGAAUUCGAGGCGAUCUCUGUGUUCAAGCAACAUACUCGACCGUCUCUCAUAUGGUCUAUUAGUCCGAUCUCUGAGGGUGAAGGUUGUGUACUCCGUGUUGCGGCUGGGGAGAGCGAGGAUGUGCGCCGAUGGCUUGGUCGUGCCCUUCGGCCCUUGGAAGGUAUUAUUGGCAUGGAUAUUUAUCGCAGAGCAUUUGCUUAAAUGCGUGAUGCUUAUAUGUUGAUGGAUGCUGCCAUGGAUUCGCGGCUUGUGAGUGGCAUCUCCAUGUACUGUAGGUAUCCACUAUGUUAACGAGCUUUGUCUCAGAACCAUAGAUUGAGUAAAGUCGACCUGUUGGAUCACACCUCGUGAUAGGUCUGAGAUGUAAUGGAUUGACGGAUGCCAGUACGCAGCUCUACGUCACUCUAUUCUCGUACUUGUGCAGAGUACGUAUUGUCCAGACUUGCUUAUCGUGUACAUGAUAGGAACAGUGGGAAAUCUGACUAUAAUUAUGACCUU